AUGGCAAUUGUAGAUCCCGUGGUCCACAACUUGGUUGAACUGCGCACACUACGAUCGCAAAAUAAUGCUCGGAUCUCAUCGGCUCGCGCGAAGGCUGCCGUGUCUGCAGCUGUGAAUAGACAGACGCAGAAAUGCAGCAGAAACGGACCCCAGGCCGUCAGAACGGAGAUGCAUGCGUUUGCGUCUCUUCUGCGACGAGAAGAUUCGGUGCCCCAUUACCAGGCAAAGGCACUACCGAUCUACUUGGCGGGUUCACAGUCUCUGAUUGACGACGGCCUCUGCGGCUUCGUUCAGUCCAGGCUCUUGUCUACUGCACCACUGGUCCCGCUGGACGCCGUGAAAAAAAGAGCACCGUCCAAGUGGUUUGUAUCCAUCCUCCCUCGACUCACGUGGCAAGGAUCGUGGCACCUCACAAUAGAGUGA